AUGCCCAGCAUCUUCGCCUACCAGAGCUCCGAGGUGGACUGGUGUGAGCCCAACUUCCAGUACUCACAGCUGGUGGCCGAGUUCUACAACACGUUCAGCAAUGUCACCUUCUUCAUCUUUGGGCCCCUCAUGACAUUUCUGAUGCGCCCAUAUAUCCAGAAACGCUCGCGCUACAUUUACGUGUUGUUCAUUCUCUUCACAAUCACAGGACUGUUCUCCAUGUACUUUCACAUGACGCUCAGCUUCCUGGGCCAGAUGCUGGAUGAGAUCACUAUCCUGUGGCUGCUGGCCAGCGGCUACAGCUUAUGGUUGCCCCGCUGCUAUUUCCCUGCCUUCCUAGGGGAGAACAGGUCCCGGUACAUCUCAUUGAUCGUCAUCAUCACCCUGGUCAGUACCUUCCUGUCCUUCCUGAGGCCCACGCUCAACGCAUAUGCCCUAAACGCCAUUGGCUUGCACAUUGUCUACAUCGUGGUCCAGGAGUACAAGAAGACCAAUAAUAAGGAGCUCCGGCAUCUGAUUGAGGUCUCCACGGUUAUCUGGGCUCUCGCCUUUACUAGCUGGAUCAGUGACCGCCUGCUUUGCAGUUUCUGGCAAUGGAUUAAUUUCUCCUACCUGCACAGCAUCUGGCAUGUACUCAUCAGCUUCACCUUCCCCUAUGGCAUAGUCAUCCUGGCUGUGGUGGAUUCCACAUACGAGAUGCCGAACAAAACCAUCAAAGUCCGCUACUGGCCUCGGGACACUUGGCCCAUGGGGCUGCCCUAUGUGGAGAUGGGUGAUGACCACAAGAGCUGCUGA